AUGGACGACAGCGAGAGGGAGGGACGGCCCAGCACCGCGUUGCCGCGGACGCCGCGGGACGACGACUCGCCCCCUAGGCACCGCCACCACCGAAGAUCGAAACGAGCGUCGCUGGUGCCGCCGCCGGCCACGACGAGCGUAGUGACGUCGCGUGGGUUCGACGUGAUUGUGCGCGGCGUGCUGGAGGGCGCGGAGUGCCACGAGGCCGAUACGCUGUUUGCCCGCACCUAUUGGGUGCACGGUAGUGACUGGACGCCGCUGACGAGCGUCACGCGGGACGCGCUCGCCACCGGCGAAUCACCGCUCGUGCGUCCGCUAGACCGCGAGACGCAGAGCGAGGUCAUCACGCAGCUCUCGUGCCGCUCAGAGGAUCCAUUUUCACGCUUUACGUGGGCGGCGCCGUUUGAGUGUGCGCUGCACAGCACGAACCCACACGGCUGGCCCCAGCUCGUCGUGACACUGCACACUGUCUCGCGUGUUAUGCCGACUGGCAAGGUGCCGCAUCAGGGCGGCGCCGGCGGCGGGUGGGAGCGGUGCGUGUCGUACAGCCGUUGUUUCAUUCCAAUGCGCAGCGGCACGUACCGCAAGAAGCUGCCGCUGAUGCAGCUGGUGCCUAACACGCGGAAACUGUGGUGGAUUAGCUGGUGGACCGGCGAGCGUCUGGAGCUGCGUGACCCGGCCUUCCUCUGCAGCGGAGAGGACCGUGGCGUGCUGAGUGCUGCGCCGCUUGCCGGACAUGUUGCGUUGUCGCUCUCGGUCGUCGUCAGCGGCCUCGCUGAGUGUGGCAUCGAGAUGUGA